CAAUCAUUAUCAUUUUGUUGAGUUUCAGGUCAAGCAUCGCGAAAAUCCAUAAAAAAAAAAUUGCUAUCGUUUGAAUUUCUGCAGGCCGUUGAAAAUGCAGGUUUCGGGAAUGGAGCAGUUCAAUAAGGCGAAAACCGUCCGGCUGAAGAGCCACCACGACAAAUAUUUGACGGCGGAUUCGGACAGGGAGACGGUGGUGCAAGUCCGGUCCGGCAUAGGCGUGGCGGCGAGGUGGACGGUGGAGUUCGUGGAAGGCGUGGAGAGCGUGGUGCGAUUGAAGAGCUGUUACGGUAAAUACCUAACGGCCUCGGACGAGGAGUUUCUCAAAUUGGGGGUAUCAGGGCAGAAAGUGAUCCAGAGCCUACCUAAGAAGCUCGAUUCGUCUGUAGAAUGGGAGCCCGUUAAAGAUGGAAAUUUGGUGAAGCUCAAAACUCGAUACGGAAAUUUCCUGCGCGCAAAUGGAGGAUUGCCACCGUGGAGAAAUUCGAUCACUCACGAUAUUCCUCAUCGGCACCGUGACUGGGUGCUGUGGGAGGUUCACGUCGUCGAGGUUCGGAGCGAGUCGCCGAAUAGUCGAUCCGAUUCGCUGGACAAUGAUUUAAAUUCGGAUUUCCAUAUUACCGUCCCUAGCCAUUGGAGCGGAGAUUCACACGAUGAUUCACAAAGAAAAUCCGAAGGGAGAUUGAUAUAUUACAGAAUAGCCGACGAUGAUGGAGGGGUUGAGAAUCCGGAGCAAUCUUUUCAUUUCAAAGGAAAUGGGGUUGAAGAAUUGACUCAAAAGUUGGAAGAAGAAACAGGGUUGGAUGAUAUAAUUGUGUGUUCGCGUAACAUUGUGAAUGCAAAGCUUUAUCCUCUCCGGUUGGCUCUACCUCCCAACAAUACGACUAUGCGCGUUGUUCUAGUUCCACCUACAGCUAGAGCUGCGUGUGGAUUAUAGUGCAGUGAGUUCUACUUUUGUGUGCAUCAUGCUUGCUUUCCACGGCAUGCUUGGUUGAUAUUUGGCUAUUCAAAGUUCUUUUUACUCGCAUUGCCAUCGCCAAAUGCGCGGAAGAAUGAAAGUGUAAGAAAAAGGAUCAUUUCUAACAAUUGUAUUGAUCAAAUUUUAGUAUAUAUUUGUACCACCAAAUUUAACCAUUUGUAUCUUUGUGUCAAUAUUUCAUAUUAAUCAUAAAUGUUUUUAAUAUAAUAUUUCGU